AUGAAAACGUGGUUGGUGUUACAAAUACUUUGUGGAAUAUUUCUUGGUAUUGGAAUUGCCUAUAAUGCAACCUUGAAGUCCCAAAUUAAUACGGAUACAACAACUCAAUACUAUAGAAAACUUAUGGUUCAAGAUACUAGUACGCUCAUCGAACUGAAUAUGUUCUUAACAGCUAUAUCUAAAGAUGGUGAUUUACAUCAUCACUAUUCAAGCUCGAUCUCUGCUAAAACUUAA